AUGCAGAAGUAUGAGCGACUCGAGAAAAUUGGUGAAGGUACGUAUGGUACCGUUUUCAAGGCAAAAAAUCGUGAAACGCAAGAGAUUGUUGCGUUAAAGAGGGUUCGGCUAGACGAUGACGAUGAAGGAGUUCCAAGUUCGGCGUUACGUGAGAUCUGCUUGCUAAAAGAGUUGAAACACGAGAACAUCGUACGCUUGUAUGAUGUUGUUCAUAGUGAACGUAAACUGACGUUGGUUUUCGAAUAUUGCGAUCAAGAUCUGAAGAAAUAUUUCGAUUCCUGUAAUGGCGAUAUUGAUCAACAUAUAGUGAAAUCGUUGAUGUAUCAGUUGCUUCGUGGGUUGGCGUUUUGUCAUGCUCACAAUGUUUUGCAUAGGGAUUUGAAGCCACAAAACCUGUUGAUCAACAAUAAUAUGCAAUUGAAGUUAGCCGAUUUCGGAUUAGCGCGUGCGUUUGGUAUUCCUGUCCGAUGCUACAGUGCUGAGGUUGUUACUUUAUGGUAUCGUCCACCAGAUGUACUCUUUGGAGCCAAAUUAUACAACACUUCGAUUGAUAUGUGGUCGGCUGGAUGCAUUUUUGCUGAAAUUGCAAAUGCUGGACGACCAUUAUUUCCGGGUGCUGACGUUGAUGAUCAGCUUAAAAGAAUAUUCAAAAUGCUAGGAACUCCUACAGACGAAACAUGGCCUUCCCUGUCGCAGUUGCCUGAUUUCAAGCCAAUGCCAUUGUAUCAUCCAUCGGUUACUUUCGCACAAGUAGUGCCAAAUCUGCCAUCGAAAGGACGUGAAUUGCUUCAGCGUCUACUUGUAUGCAAUCCUGCUCAUCGUCUCGAUGCUGAAAGUGCAUUGUGCCAUCCAUACUUCAGUGAUGUUUCGGAAUGUUAA